AUGGAUACUGCUCAUAAAACAGUAAACGAAAAGAAAGAAUACUUUGAUUCUCCGGAAUUAUUAGAAGCAAAAGUCACUUAGUUGGCAGAUAUGAUUAAAUAGUCAAAUCACUUUGUUUGCUUUACAGGUGCUGGAAUAUCUACUUCAGCAGGUAUAGCUGAUUUUAGAAGUGGAGUUAACACAGUCUUGAAAACUGGACCUGGUUUGUGGGAAAAGAUGGCUUAAAAAGUAGGAAAUCAACCUAAAAAACACAAAGUUAUAAUGUCUAGAGCUGUUCCAACUAAAAGCCAUAUGGCACUAGUUAAGUUGAAUCAAGAAGGAAUUCUUAAGUAUUUAAUCAGUUAAAAUAUAGACGGCUUACAUAGAAGAAGUGGAUUCAACCCUAAUAGCCUAUCUGAACUACAUGGAAACACUAAUUUAGAGAAAUGUUUAAAAUGUGGAAAGUCUUAUAUGAGAGAUUAUAGAGUGAGAAAAGCUUUAGAUGUUCAUGACCACUUAACAGGAAGGAUUUGCGACAAUUAGAAAUGUGGUGGCGAAUUAGUAGAUACAAUUGUUAAUUUUGGAGAGAAUUUACCCAAAAAAGAUAUGGAAUAAGGUUUUUUUAACUCAAAAUAAGCAGAUUUACACUUAGUUUUAGGAAGUAGUUUAAGAGUUACUCCAGCAGCUGAUAUGCCUCUAGCAACUGCUUAAAAUGGAAAUAAAUUAGUUGUGGUUAAUUUACAAAAAACCCCUCUAGAUAGCUUGUGUGCCUUAAGAAUAUAUGCUUUGAUUGAUGAUGUCAUGGUUCUACUUAUGAAAAAGCUAGGUUUAGAGAUACCAGAAUUUAUUCUGCAGAGAACUAUUGUGAUUAAAAAGACAAACUAAAAUACAAUAAACGUUUUUAGUGAAGACAAAGAUGGUUGUCCAUAUGACAUUUUUAAGUAAAUUGUUUUGGAUUAAGGCAAAAAGUAACCAUUUGAGAUUUAGGUUAAAGCACCUUACAUAUUCAAUAUCACAAAUCCAUAAUUUGCCAUAAAGCUAGGAUUUUUUGAACAUUAUAAAGAAGGACCAUUCAGAUUAGAUUUAAAUUUAUAAAAUCUACCUCUUGGAUAAAAGACUAAGUAUUUAAUAUAAUUCUCACCAAAAUUACAAAAGUGGAUUAGUUGUGAAAAAAUAUAAUGA